CCAGGCGAAGCUUCAGUCUUCACCUACAUGAGCUCCAUCAACAACCUGGUCUUUGCUUACAACAAUCAGUUUAACGUUCCGCAACUCACUGGAGAGCUGACACCGCAGCCGUCCGUCAGGGGAAUGACCAAGGUCUCCAUGUUCAGCACGGUCAUCGCCUUUUGCCUCUAUGGCGUGGUGUCGGUGCUGGGAGUGUUGGCCUUUGGCGUGGCGGAGGGGCAGAAGGAUUCCCUGAUUUUGGACCUGACGCCUGCGCGCAAACAGGUGCAUGUCUUGAUUUCUCUAUUGGCAGUGAUGUUCAGUGUCCUCACCUGCUUCCAGUUCCACGUCUAUCCCGUGCGUCAGUUCCUGGCCUACAACGUGCGAAAACUGCGGGGCCGCAGUGCCAGCGAUUGCGAGAAGACCGAUGUCUCCUGCUAUGGCCGGUCCAUGACCCGUUGGUAUGAUAUCAUUGGGGCCCUUUGUUGCGUCGUUGUGAUGGUUCUCAUUGCAGUCGUCAUCACCAGCCUUCGAACGAUUUUGGAUUUCAUCGGUGCUUUUGGCUCUGCCUACAUCUCCUAUGUGGUGCCACCUCUGUGGAUCAUCGCUCUUCGUAGGAAGUCACAAGGGAGCAGCUUCCGCUGGUUCAGUGCCGAGAUGUUGUUCUGUUUGGCCUUCUUGGGCCUGGGCAUCUUCCUCUUCGUCUUCGGCACCUAUGCAGCCACGGCUCAGCUGCUGAUGGGGGCAUGAGACAUACUGAAACUGGUCUGUUCAGGUUUCUUAGAGGUUUCAGUGUUUCAAAGCUGAACGUGUGUAAAGACUCACGCCUAUCAGUUCUUUAAAAUUGUAUGAAUUGUGUACCGGCAUGUACUGGCAGCUUGAGGAGCCCCGUGUUGGAUUGGCAGGCUGCUAAAGCGCGCGAAAUGUGUGUUGAGAAGAUUCAUCAGUUUGCUUUGGAAGCCAGAAGUCCAAACCACCGCAUUUCUCAAGAAUGUCGGAUUUUGAUUUUCUGAAUUGUACAGAGCGGAUGAUUGGUAGGGUUUGUCUUGUUAGCUUCUCCCCUUGCCGGAGACGAUGCAUGCUUCAACCUCCAAUAUUCAGCUGAAAGGACAUCUAGUCAGAGACGGAUGCGCCUACUUCCAGAACAGCUGGACUAUAGCUGGUUGGUGGUUUCAAACGGUUAACGGAAGCUGAUGAUCCCCACUGACAGAGAUUCUUUGCUGCUGGGUCAGCCCCCAACCAGAUUACAGCACGUCCCUUGUUCAGGGAGAGUUUAGCCUUCAAAAGCAAGGCAACUGCAGGAUCCUUCGGAGUCUCUUCCGGAGUCAGCCAACAGAUCAGCGAAA